AUGGUAGAAGCCGCCACAGUUCACGAGAUGAAGGCUCAUGUUGCAUUGGUGGAAGCUUACAGGUGGCAUCAGAUCUCCGCUCGUAGGCAAGAUGCAGCUCUUACCUCCCGCGUUUCUGGAACGGGUUUGGGGAUGAACGAAGCGCUUCUUCAAGUAGACUUCAAGGAGAACGUCCGCUACCCGCUGAGUAAAGAAGAGACGGGGGACGAAUGGCACGCCCAGAACAAGCUCUCGCUCACAGUGUUCGGUGGAUUCGCACGCGUUCCAAACGCGCAAGGUACUCGCACAGAGCUGUACAUCUUGAUCAUUUCAGAGGUCUUAGACCACGACGCCCACAUGGGUAAUAUGAUGAUCAACGAAGCGUUGCGCCUGGUUCGCUCGCACGACAGAACUGAUUGGUCCAAGGUAGACCUACUACGCAUCAGAAUAAACGUGCUUUACUUGGUGGAACAACAUGGUAAGGGUGCCUGCGAUCGUCUGUUUGGAUGGACCCGCACAUGGUUGACACGCUUCAUUCAGCAAAGCCCCGUCUACAAGAUCGCGGACUUGUUGAGAUGCUAUGAAGACGGGGGCCGAGAUAUGACCGCUCGGAGAGGUGUUCGCAUCCUCAACAACGUCUUCAGCGACCUCUCCAAUGCCACAAGACUGUCCUACGAAAUUUCGGAAUCUGUUGACGAAGACAUGGCGAAGCGGCUACUAUGA